GAAGGGGAGGGAGGAGGAACUCUUCGUACAAUACGAAAACCGGCCGAACUACUUUGUUCAACGGUCGCUCGGUGGCGCGUGUUUUCGCUUAUUUUUCGUAGCUACAAAGCCCCACCUUUGUUUAGUUGUUUUGGUAGUACUUUAUUUGACAAACACGUCUACAAAUACAAGUAAGACACUUAUUCCUCUAUUUAAAUGUAGAAACCAUUUCCUAUCGAUAUGUUUUCCAAAUAUUGUGUACCUGUGUUACUUUUGCUGAGGUGUAAUAGUUGUUAACAAUUAGAAGUCAAUUUUAUUAGUGAAAUGAAUUUUAGUGUUUAAUAAUGUUUAAAGAAAUGGGGGUGCAGAAGAGACAUAGUCAGUUUAGUGACACGAAAUACAAGUGGCGGACACUUUUGGUGGUGAUUUUGUGUUUUAUGUGGUGUAAUGGUCAAGAGUUUCGCGUGGAAGAGACGGACCCAUAUAUGUUAAACAAAUCAUUAGGGCUUACUGAGUUGUCCGGUGGUGUUGUGGCCGGUGGCAAAACAGUUUGGAAAACCGAAGGUAGCCCGUAUCUUCUUAGAGAUGACCUACUCGUGGAGAGAGAAGCUGUAUUAGUGGUGGAGCCUGGAGUAGAAGUGAGAUUCGCCCCCAUGAUUGGAAUCACCGUGCGUGGAAAACUCGUUGCUGUUGGAGAGCCUGGAAGGAGUAUAACAUUUACGAGUACAGAAGAACCUCAAAAACAAUCUAAAGCAUUUCCAGACAUACGUCUUGUUGACGGCCCAUCUAUAUUAGCUGGCAGAGUUCAGCUUUUACAUCGAGGACAAUGGAGAUCCGUUUGCUCAAACUCAAGAAAUUGGACCAUCAACGACAUGGAAACAGCGUGCAGGCAAUUAGGCUUCAUGGGCGGAACGUUUUACAAUUGGAUGGAUCGACAACCAGGCAGGCGGGCGCGACUGUUACUUGAGGAACCCAAGUGUAAAGGCACGGAAUACGACCUCUUCCAGUGCGAUUGGAAUUCUAGACAACUGGGAUCAGGCGUAUGUGACUACCACCCUGACCUCGGUAUCCAGUGCCAACCUCAUCACGACGAUAAUGAGUUGAGAAAUUCGGGUGUGCAUUGGAGGGGUAUAAGAUUCGAAAACGCCGUUUAUGAAAGGUUACUUACAGCGGCUAAUACUCUAUACGUUCCAACAUCCAUGUCAAAAUUGGCACAUAUAACUAUUAAAAAUGCAGGUUUAGGAAGAGAUAAUAACGCAACGAGCACUUUGGAUAUAAUAGGCGUCCCCCCUUUAAUGGAAGAUAUAGAAAUAUCGAAUUCUGCCUUUAACGCUAUAAACGUGACAUCACCCGACGCUCCAAUCAUAAUAAACAACUGCACAAUACAAAAUAAUAGAGGUUACGGUGUAUAUGUUAAUUCUACCUACGGUAUGACAAAGAUCGAGAAUUGCCUGAUUCACGACAACGGCGGCGACGGGGUCAAAUACGUGGUGCACGAAAUGAAUAUAGAUGAGAAGUUCGAUCGCAGCGAAAUCUUUGAUUUGUGUACUCUCGCGUCUACACCCAGUCAAACAUUUCCCAUUCAAAUGUCCAUAGAGCAAUCGAGAUAUUCCAAUAUGGAAAGAGAUUGCAAUCAAAAAUUUUACACGAGACCUGACCACGUCCUCACGCUCAGCUUUAUAAAGCUAUUGACUAAUAAAAACGAUACCGGGGAAAUAUUCAUAUACGACGGUUUAACGGCAAACGAUAAACUACUAUUACAAUUUAAUAUACGAAACCACACUCGGCCACAAAGUGUCACAUCCACGAGAAACAGAAUGUACGUGAGGUUCCGUGCCAAUACACGAACGGAUAUUGUAGGAUUUUUGAGGUUAAUGUCAGGAAUAAGUAAAACUUACGAUUUGAAUGUAACUGACACGGUUAUUUCCGACAACAAUGGCAGAGGUGUUGUUAUCGAGAACCUUCGUUCCCAAAUUCACAUCCAUCGAACAUCCAUAUCUAAUAAUAAUCACGUAGCUGGUCUUCAAGUAGUGAACGGUGCAGGAGAUGUUAACGUAACGGAGAGCAGAAUCUCUUUCAACCAAGGCGAUGGCGUUAACAUCACUGUAACUGGAGGCAAUCGAAACAUCUCAAGAAGUAUUAUAAGUUCUAACCAAGGUUAUGGUGUAGCAGUUUGGUUGAACAAUACGCAGGAGACUGAAUACAUACCAAUAAACCAAACCACCGUCGUAGAAUAUUCAGAAAUUUUUAAAAAUUUAGAUGUUGGUAUUCUCCACGGAAACUUUUGUGGUGAUAGUUGGGUGAACGUAACCGGAAAUUGGUUUAAUUCUAGCGUGGAGAGCACCGUGGAAAUAAACACAUGUUGGAGAUUUAACGAUCCGAUCAAAUUGCUCUACUUACAAAUAGGGCACAAUAGAUUUUAUCAAAAUCAACGAGUGCCUUUAAAAAUUCGACCAGCACUAAAUGUUAUUGGAAGAAUUGAAUACAAUUAUUUCGAACAUGGCGAAUAUGGUGCAAUUGCUAUACUAAAUAGAAUCGAAGGAAAAUAUCUGGAAGAAUUCGAAAUAUUACCGGCUAGAUUCGAUAUACAACAUAACUAUUUCUAUGGCAAUAGAGGACCAUUCGUAGUAAAUUUUGGACUUUCGCCAUACAGUGAUAUUCAGUAUAUCUUGUUUACAAGAAAUUAUCUUCGCGAAAAUAAAGCAAGAGAGCCAUUUGAACCAUUGGAAGGUUUAUCGUCGCGACUUACUCCGAGAAGUAGGGUCGCUGCAACUAUAGUUUUAGCUUCAAGUAACAUCGACGUUUUCAGGAAUAUUAUAAAUAAUCCCGAGGCACAAUAUGAAAUUGGUUCACACGUCGAAGAUCAAAGUAAAAUUCUAAAUUGUACAUUUAACUGGCUCGGAUUUGGAGAAGAAGAAAAAGUUUAUAAGAGAUUGUUUCAUAGAAAAGAUAGAUAUAAUUUAGCUAAAAUUAUUUAUAUGCCCUAUCUAUUGCAUAGUAGUAAUCCCGGUGCCACCCAAAUUAAUUAUAAUUCACUGUACGUACCGCAGUUUAAUGUACCUGGAUCUUCCACGGUUGGAGGUGAAGUAGAAGGAAUUGAAAUAUUGAGACAAGGAGAAUACGAUGUGGACAAAGACAUCAAUAUUCGUCCCGGAGGCAGGCUGAUUUUGCAGUCGGGAGUCACGUUGAAAUUUCCACCUGCAAUAGGAAUGAUGAUUGCAGGAAAAAUAGAAGCGAAAGGAAAACGGCCCAAUGAUAUUACGUUUACCUUGAAAGAAGAAGUAACUAUGACUAAUGAUAGUGUGUAUGAAACAGAUUCAGAGUUAGAACCGACUACUCCAGGCUACCAAGAGCCAAUCGUCCCAAUAAGACUUUUAGGCGGCAGAACACCUCACGAGGGAAAGUUACAAGUUCGAAUAGAUAAUAAAUGGGGAACGAUAUGUAAUUAUCGUUGGAAUAUUGUAAACGCUGCAUUGGUAUGCAAUCAACUUGGUUUGGCAUUAAAUCCUGAUGAUUGGUUUUUGGAACCUAAUGAAAUUCCUAAUGCUGGAAUAUCUGAAGAUAUUGUUCUCUCGAAUGUAGAAUGUACAGAAUUUGAUAACGAUAUAACUAAAUGUAAGGCUGAAACAUUAGAAAGCUUUGAAAAUUCUUGUACACAUGAAAAUGACGUUGGGAUAAGAUGUUAUGAAACAAGUUGGGCUGGAGUAAGAUUCAGUGUCAUCGCUGAAAGAGCUGAUCUACAGUACGUAAGCAUAGAAAAAGCUGGACUCCUUGACUAUUCCUCAAACUCGUUCAAGCCAGCGCUUCAGAUCGAUUUUGCUCGGCAUAGUCUAGAAAGUGUCAAAAUCGCCAACAAUUACCACGACGGCUUAGGAAUUUUAUAUUCUGAUUUAUACGGAUCUGACGCCAUCAAUACAGUCAGAAACUCUGAAUUUAGCAACAAUAAAGGUAGCGGUAUUAGUUUCAAGCAGUUAGGUUUGAAGGUUUAUAGUUCUGUUAUAGAAAACAAUGAAAUUGCUGGGAUUUCUCAUAAUCCACACAUAACCGGUCCACAACAGAGAGAAAUAUCUGGAUGGUUUAAUCUGGAUCCAAGUUUCGACAUGAAUGAGUCGAACUAUCAUCCUAUAAUGGUGCCUGAGUACGAAACAGAUAUAUCCCUAGUCAAUGGAGAAACUAGGCAUAUCGUUUUUACAAAAAAUAACAAUGAAAAUAUUGUCAAAACUUAUAAUAUUAGAUGCAACCCUGGUUAUGUACUUGGACUUCAACUGUUAAAUCCAAUACAUAAUUUCUCAACAGAAAGUAUAUGUAUAUAUGAUUCACAAAAUAUUAAUGAAGCUAGCACUGCAUGGUGUCUCGAUCGUGACCUGUCUACAUUUCCAACAACGAGUAAUACUUUCGGUGUCGUAUUGAAAUAUGAAAGCGGUGCCAGAGCCUUAGGUGGCGUAGUAUUAGUAGUUAGUACAAUUGUAGCACCGGUGCAAAAUAUUCGGAAUAGAAUUGUAAAAGGGCCAGUUCCAACUUUGCUGGUUACGAAUACAAAAAUAAAGGGAAACACGAAAGGAGUAAAAGCACUCUAUUAUAAUCGUUAUUUAAACGAAAUCGGCGAUCACUUCUUACGUAAAGCUAACGAAACUAUUAAGUUGAUCAAUUGCGAAAUAGCUCACAACACGGAAGAGGCAAUCUACAUUAACACACCGUUUUGGGAUAUUCAUGAAAGCAACAUUACGGAAAUAACUAUUAUGGUAAAUAAUAGUUUAAUUACGGAUAACGGUAAAGGUAUAUUUCAUUUCGCUAGAGAUUUGAGAAGUUCCAACAAUUUGUAUCAUUACGUGCUCCAAGAUAAUACGAUAGAAAGAAACAAAUAUGGAGGAUUCGAUAUAGGCUUGCCUUAUGUUUGGCAGUACAAUGAAAAUUUCACUCAUUCUGCUUAUCUACAUAAUAACACUUGGCGUAAUAACCAAAACUUUGCAUUUGUUGUCGACGGUCAUUUUGCGGAAGUUAACAUUACGAAAAAUGUGUUUAGUGAUAACAAUUGCAAAAGCGGAUUGAUAUCCAUUCGAGGCAUGGAAAAGAAAAUGAAGAUAGAUGGAAACUUCAUAGAAAGAAACAAUGGGCAAUAUAUGGUGCAAUUCCACAUGGAUAGUCAAAGUGAGAUCAUGGGAUUCGUUUUCGCCGUAUUCGUCUAUAAUCAAGUUAAAAAUAAUAAAUAUAUGUCGCAAGUAAAUCGUGGUGCCCUUCUAAGAAGCUUCGAUCCCACUUAUGUUAUUGGAUUUAAAGGAAUUCAGAAAGUAAAAGUUAGCCGAAACCUGUUUGGAAAUAACGCCAUUCAAUAUACUUUACUAGCUGGUAUCAAAACUGCAAAAAUAAAUAAUCUGUUAGAUGUUACAGAAAAUUGGUGGGGAAGUUCUGAUGAAAAAGAGAUUAGGAAACAAAUAUUUGAUUUCGACGAUUGGAAUAACCACGCUGUUGCCACAUAUUUACCUUACUUACUUGAAGAUAACUUUGAUGCAAGUGUAUCCAUAACAUUCAGUCCUGACAGUAUGAUUGAUCUAAAUGAACUUGGGGGGAGUCUAACGUCCGAUCUUACAUUGGACGCUCGAGCAACGCCUUACGUCGUGAAAGCUGAUAUUACGGUAAUGCCAGAUGUUACACUCACGAUAAAUCCCGGUGUCGUCAUGGAGUUUGCUCCGAAUGUGGGUAUACUGGUUAUGGGUAUCCUUAAUGCCAUCGGUCACGGGCAAUUACCUAUUAUAAUGAAACCGAUGCCAUACACCUCUGAUGUAGAAGUUAACAAAAUUGAGAAGAGAGAUAUCGGACAAUAUUCACCUGCUCACCGCAAACAUAAGCGACAGCUGGAAACCAUGACGUUGUUAAAUUCAAUUCGCUUGUGCACGGAUAGAAACUGCUCGAUCAAUGACAACAAUAACGAAAGAGCCAAUGAGGGAUUUUUGGAAUAUUAUAAUAAGACAACAUUGCAGUGGGUGCCGAUGUGCGACAAUCGGUUUACGGAAAGAAAUGCUCAAGUAGUUUGUCGCGCAUUAGGUUUUGACCCGAUAAACGUAUUUUUUGCGCACGACAGACGAGUAGAAUACCACAGCAGUUCCCUUUCUCGCAUAUGGUCUUGGCCUGAGCCUUUGCAAUGUGUAGGUACCGAAGACCGGUACGAGAACUGUCCCAUUCGUCUGAAUGGUCAAUUAUAUGGUCACAGACAUGAUUGUAAAUGGAAUUCAGAAUUCGUAUUUAUUCACUGUGGCUCAAGAAAUCUCGAUGAAAGUCUAGAAUACUGGGGAGGAAUUCGUUUUGCUAAUCCAGAAUUUGAAUAUUCUAUGUACGAACAUAGAAUUCACGAUCAUCAUACUCACGAAACAUUAAAAAAAGUUGAGAGCAGGUUGCAGCACAUGCAAAUUAUUGGCGCUGGAAUAUUACAUAACGAAAAAUCGCCCGCUAUUCAAAGUAUUAUAAAAAAUCCAAUUAUUGAAAAUGUUAAUAUCAGCAAAUGUGCUUACCACGGCAUCAAUUUGAUUUCCCCAACAGAUACAAUAAAUAUAAUGUUUAACUCAAUAAGUAAUACUUUAGGGGAAGGGAUCAGCGUUAUCUCCUUAAACGGGGAGGGGAGGGAGUCUGAAGAAUCCAGUUUUACUCCAUUGAAGGACCUCAACCUACCUUAUCACUUAUUUUCACUAAUAGACAUUUGCGACAGCACGAAAGUUAUAACUGUUGAAGAAAGAGUCAUUUUGUACUACAAAUAUGACAAUAAUCCGGUCAAUUGUGUAAAAAUAUUCAAAAGUAUGUACAGAGUAAAACCGUUUGGAUUUAGGUUAUUACAAUUUAACUUAUUUAACCACACUCUCAACUACGGAAAGCGUGACUCGCUGACGCUCUACGAUGGCGAUAUUUACAAUAUAACUGCACCUCAAAUCGGAUACUUGGAAAACGGGUCACCGGAAGAGAAGAAACUUUUUAGAAGCAACGGAGCUAGCUUAAGCGUCAAGCUGUUCGCUAACGGUGCGGCGUCUGUUCACGGGUUCAUUGCUGAAAUUGUUACCUUACCUAUAUCUGCUAUUGGAUUUAAUCGCGACGUUCAGCAUAACAUUUCAAGCAGUGAACUCACCGACAACCGCGACGGUGCUAUCACCUACCAAUCCGUCGGAGAAGUGAACCCCCUGGUGGCGAUCAACAGGAACGAGAUCACUCACAACUGUCUCAAGCUUUACGGGAACUUCACCACGUGCCAGGCCGCCGUCAGAGUCGAUGUGCAGAAUACACAAACUUUAGUAUUUAGAAAUAACUUAGUACGAGAUAACGUCGGUGGCUUACUGGUGCGAGCGGAUUCGAGAAGCUCGGCGACAUCUCUCCGAGGAUGGAUCCAUAAUAAUUUAUUCCUCGCCAAUCACGAUAUGCCGUGUCUCCAGAUCGAAGGGCGGCAGUCGUCGCCGUACCAGGAGCUGACCGUGUACCGCAACUACUUCACGCGCAACCGCGCCGCCUUCCGGGACGUGCUCGUGCUGCGGCAGGUGGUGUCCAACUUCUCGCACAACUACGUGCACGCCAACGCCGGCCGGCGCAUCCUGCGGGUGUCGGGCUUCCGGCGCGUGCGGCUGCCCGUGUACCAGACGGCGGCGCACAACGGGUUCUACGCCAACGCGGCCUCGGCGCGCGACGGCCGCGCCACCGUGGCCGCCGCCUCGGCCGGCCAGCACUACGUCGACAACGUGUUCGCCAACCCCGACAACGAUUACGAGAUCAUCACCGUCGCCCGAUCCGCCGCCCCGGACGCGUGGCGCACGCGCAUCGACGCCAAGCACAACUACUGGAGCUACAACGAGUCGCUGGCCGUGGCCGGCCGCGUGCGCGACCGCGCCGACGACCCGCUGCUGCUGGAGGUGGACUACCGGCCGUACUACAUGAACAACCGCUCGGUGCUGGAGGGCGGCAAGUGCCCGGCGGGCUGGGCGGCGCUGGCCGACACGUGCUACAUGUACGUGGGCGCGCCCAUGACCUACGACGACGCGCGCACCUUCUGUCUCUCCGACAACGCAUCGAUGCCGUACGUCAGCGCCAACUACCAGGCCCUGUACGAAUUCAUCCAUCGUCAGAACCAGUGGUUCCAGUACGGGGACAGGGUGUGGGUCAAUCACAUCGACUACGUCGGCCAGUGCACGUCCUUCGCGUUCGCCGCCGUCGAGAUCACGGACUGCCGGCAGAAGAACGCGUUCAUCUGUGAAAUGGACCCGCGGGUGAGCAUCGACCCGCUGUCGUGGCGCGGCGACGCCGUGUCGGUGGCGAGCGUGGCGGCGCUGGCGCUGGGCGCGCUGCUCGUCGUGCUGGCGCUGCUGUGCUGGCGCCGCAAGUCCAAGCACAGACACAUUCAACGGCUGGAGAGGAGAAACUCGAUACGACAGUCCUUGCACUCUGUGCGGUCUAUUGGUAGUAUAAAUGGUGGUUUUCCUGAUACGCCUUACAGGAGAAAAAUGACGACCCAAAUGAGUACGCGCUCUACGGACACUCUUACCAAAGGAUCAGAUUACCGUAAGAUGUUGGCUUCGACGACGUCAAUGGAAUCAAUGGAAAAAAGCCAAUUCAAUUCAUCAAUCGAGGACAAUCAAAGUUUCGACAUCUACGAAGCUCACAAUCCGAAUAAUAUAAUUCAAUUGAAACACAGCACCUUCAACAGAAAACCCGCCUCGCCAGAGUACAGCGUACCGCAGAAUAACAACACCAGACCGUUUGAUCUUGCUUAUAAGAAUGAAGGUUAUAGAGAAAAUUCAGGUGCCAGUGGAGCGCCAUCUAUGAAUACGGUAGCGACGGAGGAGUUGCCUAUAAUUCACCACCCAGGAGGCCUCCAAUCCCCGCAGGACGAUGAUACAAUAUCUCCUCAAAGUGAAACACAAUACUUCACAUCGGACACGUUACCUUUACGGGGCAUAGACAAGUCGGAUGAUCCGCUGUUUAUGAAACGUGAGCUCGAAAAAGAAGGCAAGAUGUACGGCCCAUAUGGAGCCCCUAAUCACGGUGGACAACCAAAACUCUCUUUUUUGAUGGAGUUAAGGUCGAAAAUACCAGAGCAGCCACAACCUGGAGCUAUGCCUACCACGACAUUUGGUCAGAGAAAUAUUCCAGAUGAACCUCAAUACUUCGACGAUCGGUUACCCAGUCCUCCCGGGUAUUCAUUCGACACCAGUUCCAUGAACUCACCCGACCCGCCUUAUACACCUGAUCUACCUUAUUCGUCUGACCUCCACAGUCGCUCCAGGUCCGAAGCGUUACUAGAGACUAACUUUGACUUCGAAAACUCACAGGGCCAUCCAAUAUCCGAAGACAGCAGAUCGUAUAGUCAACCAUUAGAAACAGCUAUGUAGAAUAAAUGAAAUUACCAAAAAAUCAUUUAAAAUUAAUUUUUAAUAUGACUCGUUAAAUAGCACUUAUCAAUAUAAAAAGACUUCAUAGAAUUGGAACAAUACGAACAAGUAGUGAUAAUAGAUUUAUUAGAAACUCGAAAAUAAUUAUUUUAAUCUGUAAAAAUGGAUACUUUAAAUGUAUUAUGUACAAAAUGUCUGAAUGUACCUUUACAGAUGCUUCAAAAACUUGCAUUCCAUUAUAUGUAUGUUAAUAUUAAACAUUUGCCUUAAAUUUUACUAAAAGUAUUUUAAAAAGUAAAAGUUUAACAACCGUCCAAUAUGGUGGCCUUAUUAUGUAAAUUUAAAUAUAUUUAUCAGAUUCUUCAUAAAUUAGUGACAAAUUAUACAUAAUCUUAAAUAUAAGAAGCGUUAAUCUUAACAUGUGCUCUGGUAUUUACUACAAAUUAUAAUCAUAAAUAAUUCAUACUUGCUAUACAUUUUACUCGUUUCCAUUACAAUACUUACGCUUUAUCUUUCAUUUCAUUUAAAAAAAAUUAAAAAGUAGCAUGUAGUCUAUAUACCACGAUCUCAUAAUUUGUCAUUUUUAUUGUUGGUAACAUUAUGUGUAGCAAAAUCACAGAAAGUAGUUGAUACUAUAAUUAAUUUACGUAUUAUUUACAUUGUUACCUCGACAUAAACAAUUUUAGUGUUGUUGGUGUUAUUGUGAUUUCUGUUUAUUGAUUUUACAAAAUAUAUAAACAAUUUAUGACAAGUUUAACAAUUAAACAAGAUACUUGGUAAAUAAUGUGUAAUUGGCAUGAACUAAUAUAAUUAAUUAUCUUUAGUUAAAACUUAGUUUUAUUACAAUUGUAAUGUAAAAGAUCAUUUAUAAAUUAAAUGAACAUGUAUGUCCGUCCCGUAUGUAACAUAGUUAAGUAGUAAAAUAAUAUAUAGGCUAAGAUAAGAUUUAUACUUUUUUAUUUACAAAAUAUUAUUUUCUGAUCUAUAUCUACUUGAAAUAUUUAUGUCUAAAUCCUAUCUAUCUGUUUAAAAGAAUAUAUUUUCUAAACUUACUUACAUAAACUGUUAAUGAUGCUUUAAUUAUAAAAAAAACGUACAAAAUUAGGCAGAAUGACAAAAUAAAAUUAUAAUAUUUUC